CACCGCAGCAGACUUUGACCAGACGACGGCUGACCCGUCUCGCCCCCGGCUCCCCAUCGCACCAGCCACAGCCCGCUUAGGCGCAGCCGUGCAAGCGCCGCCCGCGCCGUUCAACCCCCGUGCCCGUCCGCCGUAGACCUGCCGCCCGCACGCGCGCGUUGAACCCUCCUCCCGAGUUCGCACCCCCGCUCGGCGGAACCCUUUUUAUCAUCUCCCUCUCAAUUCCCAGCACCAUCGCUCCCCUUCCGACUCCGCUACCGGAUCAAUCCACUCCACCCGACUCCUCCAUGGACCUCCCCAAGCCGCCGUCCACGGCCGCCUCGUCGGCGGGGUCGGAGGCGCCGAACCCGCACGCCUUCACCUGCGAGCUCCCGCACUCGAUCUACGCGCUCGCCUUCUCCCCCACCGCGCCCGUCCUCGCCUCCGGCAGCUUCCUCGAGGACCUCCACAACCGCGUCUCCCUCCUCUCCUUCGACCCCGCCCGCCCCUCCGCCGCCUCCUUCCGCGCCCUCCCGGCCCUCUCCUUCGACCACCCCUACCCGCCCACCAAGCUCCAGUUCAACCCUCGCCCCGCCGCGCCCUCCCUCCUCGCCUCCUCCGCCGACACGCUCCGCAUCUGGAGCGCCCCGCUCGACGACCUCUCCGCCUCCGCCCCGCCGCCCGAGCUCCGCUCCGUCCUCGACAACCGCAAGGCCUCCUCCGAGUUCUCCGCGCCCCUCACCUCCUUCGACUGGAACGAGGCCGAGCCCCGCCGCAUCGGGACCGCUUCUAUCGACACCACCUGCACCGUCUGGGACAUCGACCGCGGCGUCGUCGAGACGCAGCUCAUCGCGCACGACAAGGCCGUGCACGACAUCGCCUGGGGCGAAGCCGGGGUCUUCGCAUCCGUUUCCGCCGACGGCUCCGUCCGCGUCUUCGACCUACGGGACAAGGAGCACUCCACCAUCGUCUAUGAGAGCCCACGCCCAGACACGCCGCUCCUCAGGCUGGCGUGGAACCGCUUCGACCUCCGCUACAUGGCCGCGCUGCUUAUGGACAGCAGCGCCGUCGUCGUGCUCGACAUACGCGCUCCUGGGGUGCCUGUGGCCGAGCUGCAUCGGCACCGGGCCUGCGCCAACGCGGUGGCGUGGGCGCCACAGGCCAGCAGGCAUCUCUGUUCGGCUGGGGACGACGGGCAGGCAAUGAUAUGGGAGCUUCCCGAAACGGCGCCGGCACCGGCGCCAGCAGCAGCUGUGCCUGCCGAGGGGAUUGAUCCUGUGCUAGUGUAUGAUGCAGGCGCCGAGAUAAACCAGCUUCAGUGGUCGGCCGCCCACCCAGACUGGAUGGCCAUCGCAUUUGAGAACAAGGUCCAGCUUCUCAGGGUCUGAUAAGAACUACUCUGAAGAAAGCUCAAUUCUGUGGAGGUGGAACCAUCAGCCUUAUAUGCAGCUUGUGCUGGCAGACCUGUUGACAUGUUUGGUACACCAUUAACACCGGAAUCAGCCAUUCUACUAAGCUAUGGCAAUAGUUUCUGUUUCAGGAAGCCACCUAUUUGGCCAGCAAGGAACGAACCUGCUGUCUUAAAUCUCAGCAAAAGCUACAUGAGUUUCCUGUGAAGUAGAAAUAUAGGGCUGCAUUUAUCUCUGAACUUCCUGUGAAUGUAGAAAUAUAGAGCUGGAUUUGUCUGUCUCUGAACUUACCUGUUAAUGUAGAAAUAUAGAGCUUCUAGCUUUGACGUACUGCAGCACUGGUUCCUGAAUGGACUAGAAAAUCAUUUGCCUUUAAAGAAAUCCCUUGUGUUAUAUGAUUACACAGAUCAGGUUGUAUAUACUAUCUAGUAGUUAUCUUUAUUUUUAAUUAUUAUUCAGGUAUGUAAGACCUUCCAAUUAUGUUAUGAAAAAAAAAGGUUCCUAAGUAAA